CUUUAAUGUAAUCAUGUUUGGGGUGACAGUCAGACAAGUUUUUAUUCUCCACCACACCAGAGAGUUUGGGCAGAAUAACCUUGACAAAUUCAAGAAAGACAUUUGCUCCCUGGCUGGAGUCAUGACUCUGCUCGGUAUUACCUGGGGCCUGGUCCUUUUUUCAUUCAGUCCCCUGACCACUCCUGCCCUCUACCUCUUCUGCAUCUUGAACUCCCUGCAAGGUUUCUUCAUCUUCCUUUGGUUUGUGAUGUCACUGAGAAAGGCUAAAACCUCGACUACUAAGAUGAGCAGUGAAACACGCAGCACUAACGGCUAGUUUAAACACUAGUAGCAACAACUUAAUAAGAGUCUGUGUGUGUCGGUAUAAUUCAUAUUGUAAUACAGUGACAACAUGAUUAUGUCCUCUUUAAAUCAUGAUGUUUAUUUAUACAACACCACAUACAACAGUUUAUUUAUACAAGGCAGGUGCGCGAGAGUGAAUAUUAAUGUUAUGUUUGAAACUUUAUUGAUGAAAUACCUAAAAUCUUUGUGGUGAGGAAUUAAUCUCUCCUAAGAGCAACUUAGAGGAUGUGUUCCCUUUGCAUUGUAAGCUUUUCUAUAUAGCUUAUAACUAUAUGGUUUAUAAUUUAUGUCUCCCAUAUUUCCAACA